CUCACACACACUCACUAUCAGCUGAUGUCUGGAAAUGCCACUGCACGCAGGAAGUGCUCCAGAAGAAAGAAACGAAAACAUAUAUCGGAUUAAAGUCAACAUGCGGUAAUACUGCGGCUGCUUUCUGGCUUUUAUAAGGUGAGCUACAUGAGCAGGUGAGGUACAGAGAUGGCACAAGCCUGGGGUAAACUGGUGAAAGUGGAUUCAUCUCCUGCUUCUGAAGUCUUGCUUAUAAACAGAGAAUGCACAGUGGGCAGAAGAAAAGGAUGUGACCUCUCAUUCCCGGCUAAUAAACUGAUCUCAGGGGAUCACUGCAAAAUCACUCAAGAUCAGAACUCAGGAAAAGUGUGGCUGGAGGACAUGAGCACCAAUGGAACGGUGAUAAACAUGUCCAAACUGCUGAAGAAACAGACGCAUUUACUGCAGAACGAUGAUGUCAUUUACUUUGUCUACAGGAAGAACGAGCCGGAACAGAAUAUCGCUUAUGUUUAUCAGGCCAUCGGGCCUCAGGAAAGUGCCUCGGAGGACAUUGAAGAUGCGGUAGGAGAAGAGGAAUCAGAUUUGACCGAACCAGAGAGUGAACCAGCUCCUGUAGAGCCUGUUAUCUUGAAGCCUUUACCUCCGUGUGGGCACGAGGAACCCCAGCCGUCUACCUCCUCUUCCUCUUUACACUUCUUCGACAUGCCAUUAUCUACCCGCUCUGGUUAUGAAAAUGAAACGCAAAUCGAGUCUUCAGGCUUUUCCCACAACGCCGCAGGAGUCGGCCCUGCAGAGCCGAUCAUUAAUCAGUCCUGUCUGAAGAGAUCCUACUGGACUGAUGGAGGGCAACAGACGGUGCUGGAGAUGGAAACCGAGAGGAAAAGAAGAAAAACAGAGAGAGAUUUCUCCCCAGAUGAUUUCAUAGCACUUGGAUCGUCUCACAGCGCCUCCGUUUCUCCGUCAGCUCCUCACCUCAGUUCUAAAGGAGCUGUCGGGGGAGAGAAGACACCUGGAGACAAAACAGAUAAGAUGGAGGAAUCCCUCACUUGCAUCAUCUGUCAGGACCUGCUGCAUGACUGUGUCAGUCUUCAGCCCUGCAUGCAUACGUUUUGCGCCGCCUGUUAUUCGGGUUGGAUGGAGCGAUCGUCCCUCUGUCCUACCUGUCGCUGUCCUGUGGAGAGGAUCCGUAAGAACCACAUGCUCAACAACCUGGUUGAGGCCUACCUGCUCCAACAUCCUGAAAAAUCUCGAAGCGAAGACGACUUGCGAAGCAUGGAUGCUCGGAACAAGAUCACGCAGGACAUGCUGCAGCCGAAGAUCGAACGCUCUUUCUCGGACGAAGAGGGAAGUUCAGACUAUCUGUUCGACCUCUCGGACAACGACAGCGAUACUUCUGAUAUGAGUCAGCCCUACAUGACAUGUCGGCAGUGUUCGGGCUAUCGGAAGGAGCUGAGUUCUGUGCUGUGGAUCUGUGAGCCUUCUGAGGAGCCGGCUAAACUGCCCGGAGACGGCCCCUCCACGUCCUCUGAUACUACUACAGCUCCUCAGGAGUUCAGAUGUCCUCCUCAGGGCAGUCACCUCAUCUGCACUUGCUGCUUGCAGCCCAUGCCCGACAGACGCUCUGAAUAUCUGCCACCGCAGAUAUCACCCCAGCACUGUAUGGUGUGUCAGAAACCCUUCUGUCACGUGUACUGGGGCUGUCAGCGGAUUGGUUGUCAAGGUUGCCUGGCACGUUGUAGCGAACUCAACCUCACUGAUAAAUGUCUGGAUGGAGUUUUAAAUAGCAAUCAUUUCGAGUCCGAAGUACUUAAGAAUUAUUUGAGCUCAAGAGGAAUGACCUGGAAACACGUGCUACAAGAAGCCCUUCAGGCUAUACAGCAAGGCCAAUAUCAUCUGUCCGAUUAUAGAAUUACCGCCAACUCCUUACUGUGCUUCUGCUGUGGACUUCGUACCUUUAGAGAGCUUGCGUACAAAUACAGAGAGCGUAUUCCCCCAUCAGAGCUUCCAGAUGCAGUGACCACCAGACCAGACUGCUAUUGGGGACGAAACUGUCGGACACAAGUGAAAGCACACCAUGCCAUGAAAUUCAACCACAUUUGCGAGCAGAUCCGUUUUAAGAACUGAAGCAUGUGAGAUCAUUGAUGUCGUAGGAGCUUGUGGCAAGGUUAAACGGCUCAGUGACUUCAACAAUAGCUUGAUCUUGACCUAUUGAUGUUUAUGGGUAACAAAUCUGUUGUUGCCAGAUGUAAUGCCUCUUUUCUCCUCAAGAUGGCAGUUCCUAGUCUAGCCAUUUUAAGUAUGCAAAUGUCAAUCAAUUGAAUAAUUCUUCAGUCAUCUUUGAGCUUGGUUUGGGUAUGAUGUCAACAUGUGGAAAAACGUCUAUCUGGAUCUAGUUUAAGUUGGAAACAUGAGACAAAGCCGGCAAUCACAGUAGCUUAUGCGCUGUUAAAAUGAACCUUUUCAUAUAUAAAGCUGUUUAACUUGAAUAUUAUCAACUAAAGGAAAAGUCUAUGGUAAAAUAACAAUUUUCACAUACUUAUUCCGUUGAUGUUCUGAAAACAUACUGUUUGUGGAACACAAUGUGAGCUUUUGACAAAUGAUUUAUAGUGACCGGCAACUGGCAAGAUCUGGACAAACAGUGAAAGGCUUUAAAUAGUGCACAUGUUGUAUUGAUUACUUUUGACUCUUUUGUGCCCUUUCCUGAAAGUCACUAUGGACUGCCAUCAUUUAUGUGCUGUAGAACAACACCAUCCAAAUUUGUAAUGGCAGCAAAGUAAUGACAAAAUUCCACGUUCCUUAAAAUACAUAGUUCACCUUUAAAAUUAAAGUUCUGUCAUUGAUUACACGUUCUCUUGUUAUUUCAUACCUGAAUGAUUUUCUUUCUUCUGCAGAACACAAAAGAAGAUAUUUUGAAAAAUGUUGAUGUAUACAAUAGGCGCGUCAAUGGGGACCAACAGCUUAUGGUUACCAACAUUUUCCAAAAUGACAUAUUUUGUGUUUUGCAGAAAAAAGAAAAUCACACAUGUUUAAAAUGAUCACAGGAUGACUAAAUGAUGAUAUAUAUUUUUUUGAAGAUUAACUUUAAGAAAUUAUUUAAUCAACUAACCUUAGUGCCGAAGGGUCUUAAAGCAUGUCUUUUUUUUUGCAUAUGUCUCUGGUUGUAAAAACUCAGUUUCCAUCAUUUCUGGUGUAUCAAUUUUACACUAUUGGAGUUAUAAACUCGGUAAUACUUUUUUCAAUGAAAUUAGAUUAUAAAAAGGGAUAAUCACGCUAAAUUGACGAUAAUAGUGCACUAAACUGUCACAUGCAAUUAAGGGAUUUUCUGUUUCUAAACUAUUUGUAGUACAAUGGGCAAUAUGACAUGUGAAGUCAUGGGUGAGUGUUUAUUUGUUUGCAGGGCUGUUCUUAAUACAACAAAAUAAUGCAGAGAGAUUAUUUUAUUAUAGUUCAGGGCCAGUGCUCUACCACAGACUUCGUGUUGCACUGCAGGCGAUAAUCAAAUCUGAUUUAUUAUAAACUCUUACAUGCAUUCUCACAUCUUGUUAUGCUUAAAGCAUUUCUGCUUUUGGGAAAAUGCACAGCAAUCCCCUAUUUAAGAUUGAACAUUUAGUGUUGAUAUACAGUAUGCAAACAAGGCCAGUUUCAGGUAGUGCACAAUCUUUACCCAGUAUUUUUAUAUGACUAAUGUCUUUUGUAUGUAUGGUGGGGUUAGAUAGAUGGUGUUGCCACAAAAGAGUGGUAUUUGAAAAAAAAUUAGUAGCCUUUGACUGUAUUUCUGACCUAUUACAUUUUUUUCCCAAUAUCCCUCAAAUAGUUGUGUUUCUAUGGGUACACGUUUAUCUCUUGUGGUUAUUUAGUCUGGUAAACCACAUUGGUUAUAGCUGUAGUGUUUUUUGUUGUCAUUUAUAUUUUAUUUUUUAUUGAUGUGAAUAUUCUGUACUACAAAGCCAACGUGAUCAGUUACCACAAUCAGUAUUUAGAAAACAUUUGAGGCCUUAAUCAUCAAGCCACGCAAAACUUUACCCUUUUUUUGUUCAUUUACAUAAGGUUUCUUUUAUAAUUUCUUUUUCAAGCCUGCUUUCUAUGAUUGUUUGCAUGUUACUUUAUUUCACCUACUAUUACCUUCCUCUCGGUGCACUGUUGUCAUCCAGAAAUAUUUAAUGCCGGAGCCAUUGCAGAAGUUCUUUACUAAUGUCAGAAUAAACACUAUGAUGUUGAAAAUGA